UAUAGAAGGAGAAAUGAUUGGUGCUAUAUGUUUUCUGCUUUGUUUGAUACGAUUUUAUGCUGUCACAGUCUCAGGCGCUGAAGUCUACGUGAUCAAUACAAAAUCCAAUGACGGUGAUGUCCACAGAUUAUCCCUGGCCAUAGAUAAAAAGUCUUUGACGUUCAAUCCGGUCACAUCAGGAGACCCAGGGAAAGCUGAUGCCGAGAAGUUGUUCUCUAUUUUUAAGCAUUCCGCAAACCUUCAACCGAUAGAAAUUUCUCCUAAACAAAACAGAUUAUUCGGCAACAUUUAUGGAUCACCAAAACUUCAAAAGAAAUUUAAAAGGCCUAAGCACGAUAAUCUUAAUAUUCUGGAAGAGCUGGAGCCAUUUUUAAAAUUACUUCUAAAUCAGAAGACUCCCGUAGUGAAAAAACCCUUUGUAGAUCUAACGAGGGUAGAGAAACAAUUUUCUGAAGAUUACAUAGACCUCGGCGAUAUUAGUCGUAAACAACCAAAAUCUGGCUUCUCACAAGAUUACAUAGAUUUCAGAUUUUUGAGAAAACCUUACAGGCCCAGGAGAGCGAUAGUAGGACUGAAAGAAGCGUUAAGAUCCUACAACGAGGACAGUGAUGAUGACGAUGAAGAUGAUGAAGAGACAAAAUCUAAGAGAUUUGAAGUGGUGAAGAAUAAACAUAACCAGAAAGAUAUAAAAAGCGACUCUCCUUCUGAUGACAGUAAUGAUGACGUGAGAAAGGGCAGUUUAGAAGAUUUGGAUUCAGACGAAGACUUCAGUGAGUUAUCCGAUAAAAUUACUUCUAAAACGAAAAAGAAAACUAAGAAAGCAAAAAAGAAAGCUUCAGAUGAAGACAAGGAUGUCGAUAAGGAGGUAGAACUGUAUUUGCAAGGCAAUAAACUGACAAUGUACCCUCCGAUGGAAGAUUCGGGUGAAAAUAGCGAUGACACAAGAAGACUGGCAAACAGGCGAAUGAGAAUGCCAUAUUUUCUGCCGAAACACUACAACUGGUCACAAAAAGACAUUCCUAAUUUAGGUUAUUUCUUCUUUAAUGGUCCUAAAGGCGUUUCCCUUGAUUCAGACUAA